AUGACGUCCAAUAUAACAGAAAAACACGUAAAUGACGGAGAGGAAGAAAAAAAGGUCUCAUUUAUCCAGCUAUUCCGUUUUGCAACAACUUUUGAUAAAAUAUUAAUAGCCUUUGGCAGCAUCGGCGCUAUAGCAAAUGGAACUGCUCUACCAUUAAUGACCAUUGCCUUUGGCGGAAUAAUUACCGCAUUCGCUAACUUUGCUAUUGGAAUUGCUCAAACUACCGACGACGAACAGCGUAGCGCGUUAGCAGAUCAGAUGCAAGAUACGGUUAAGGACAAAUUGUAUUAUUUUAUUGCUCUCGGUGCCGGUACUUUUAUACUAAGUUACUUGCAAAUGGCAUUUUGGAUGGUUGCUGGCGAGAACCAAGCAAAGAGAAUCAGAGAAAAAUACUAUGCAGCAAUUAUGCGACAAGACAUUUCUUUCUUUGAUGCUAUUAGCACUGGGAAUGUAACUAGCCGUAUUUCCGGAGAUAUAUCACUAGUGCAAGAAGGCAUUGCCGAAAAAGUCGGACUUAUUAUUCAAUAUCUUACAACCUUUGUUGCUGGUUUCAUUAUAGCAUACACCAAACAAUGGAAACUAUCGCUUGUUCUAACUGCCGCAUUCCCAUUACUCGCUGCUGCCGCGGGCCUAAUGUCUAAAAUUCUAGCUGCAGCAAGUAAAGACAGUCAAGAUGCCUAUGCUGCCGCAGGUGCUGUGGCCGAACAAGCAUUCUCUAGCAUUAGAACUGUCGCAGCAUUUGGUGGAGAAGAACGUGAAACUCAACGAUACAUUAGUAAGCUAGACAGAGCAUAUAAAGUUGGGAAGAAAAGAGCGUUAGUUAACGGUGUCGGCAUGGGAUCGAUUAUGUUUACGUUAUUCGCAACGUAUGGUUUAGCAUUUUGGUAUGGUGCUACUCUUAUAGUUGAUCACUACACGGAUGGCGGAACGGUGUUGAACGUAUUCUUUGCGAUUAUUAUCGGUGCUGUUCAACUGGGACAUGCCGCUCCUAAUUUCGCUGCUAUCGGACACGCUCUCGGUGCUGCCGCUAAAUUGUACGAGGUGAUCGACCGUGUUCCCAAGAUCGAUUCCGAAUCCACUGCUGGCACUAAAUUGGUCAAAGCAAACGUGGUUGGAAAAAUAGAAUUCAAGAAUGUCGAUUUUCACUAUCCUCAAAGACCAGACGUUCCGAUAUUGAAGAAUUUCAAUUUAACAAUACAACCAGGGCAAACCGUCGCACUUGUUGGAAGUUCGGGAAGUGGAAAGAGCACCAUUGUCAGUCUGUUGGAACGCUUUUAUGAUCCAGUAAACGGAGAAGUAUAUUUAGAUGGGGUGGACAUAAAAAGUAUCAAUAUCAAAUCGCUUAGAAGUCAAAUCGGUCUUGUGGGACAGGAACCAGUUUUAUUCCCAACGAGCAUUGCUCAAAACAUCGAAUGGGGUGCCAUACCCGGGGAAAAGGAACCUACAAUGGAUGAGAUAAUUGAAGCAUGUAGGAAGGCCAACGCACAAGAAUUUAUCGAAGAACUGUCUGAAAAGUACGCUACGGAUGUUGGCGAAAAGGGCUCUCUCCUCUCUGGUGGACAGAAACAACGCAUCGCUAUUGCUAGAGCAUUAAUAAAAGAUCCACGACUCCUUCUUCUGGAUGAAGCCACUUCUGCAUUAGAUACUGAAUCCGAACGGUUGGUCCAAACUGCUCUCGACGCUGCCGCUGCGAACAGGACGACUGUAGUUGUUGCUCAUCGAUUAUCAACAAUAAAAAACGCCGAUUUGAUUGUUGUCAUGAACAAGGGUGUAAUAAUCGAAAUGGGAAAACACGACGAUUUGAUUUCCAAGGAGGGCGUCUACUUUAAUUUGGUCAAGGCUCAAGAGCUAAAGACAAAGAAGGAUACCGAAAAACAAGAAGAUGACGAAGAUGAUUCUUCAUCCUCUGGCCAAUCGGACGAGAUUACUGUUGACAUGAACGGACCAAAGUCGCGCGAAAUGAUGAGAAGAAUGUCUACAAAAGCAUCAGUUGCCAAGUCUUUCAAAUCUCAACAAGAAAUCGAAGAGGAAGAAAUCGAAAAGAAUAAAAACAAGAAAACUCCUCUCGGUCGUAUCUUUAGAAUGAACAAGCCAGAGGCUGGUUUUAUGGCUAUCGGUGCCCUUGGUGCUAUUGUAAAUGGAUCAGUAAUGCCGCUAUUCUCUCUCGUGUUCUCUACUAUUCUCGAUAUAUUCUCCAAGACUGACGAUCUUCACAAGAUGCAACACGACGCCAAUUUCUGGGCUGGCAUGUUUGUUGUAUUGGCGGGAGCAGCAUUCAUUGCUAACGCUGCACAGCAAGGUCUAUUCAUACUAUCUGGCGAACGUCUAACUCGAAGAUUACGUAGUCUCACAUUUGCAGCUCUCAUUAAACAAGAGAUUGGUUUCUUUGAUGAUGAACAUAAUGCGACCGGAGUACUUACUUCAAAGUUGGCUGUCGAUGCAUCAAGAGUGGAGGGCCUUACCGGUAGUCUCAUGGGCGCGAUUCUUUCGACAGUCUCUAGCACAGUGACUGGACUAACAAUUGCGUUUUCUGCUGGAUGGAAGUUGGCCCUAGUCGUGACAGCGGCAUCGCCUGCUAUAAUCGCAUCCGGCGCGUUGCAAAUGAAGUCGUUGGCGGGAUACGGAAACCAGACACGUAAAGCGUACGAUAAAUCGGGACAAGUGGUACAGCAGAGCGUAUCCAACAUGAGAACCAUCGCUGCCUUGACAAGAGAAGACACAUUUAAAGAGUUGUAUAAUAGUGCCAUUUUGGAACCACAUAGGAUAGCAGUGAAGGGUAAUUACAUAAGCUCUCUCGGAUUUGGAUUGUCUCAAGGUCUCUUGUUUUUCGUAUGGGCUCUUGCAUUCUGGUACGGAAGUCGACUCAUGGGCAAGUUUGAAUACACACAGGAGCAGACGUUGCGUGCACUAUUUGCGGUAGUAUUCUCUGCCAUGUCGCUUGGACAGAUGUCGUCGUUUGCCCCAAGUUCAGCGAAAGCCAAAAUUGCUGCUAUCAACGUGUUGGAGAUACUAGAUCGUAAGAGUCUUGUUGACGCAUCCGAUGUUGAGGGCAAAGAAAUGCCUGCUCCUAUUACCGGUACAUCGUCUAUCUCGAAUGCCGUGUUUAAUUACCCAGCUAGACCGGAUGUGCCUAUAUUGAAAGGAUUAAAUAUAGAUAUAUUGGCAGGAAAAACUAUCGCUCUCGUUGGUCCAUCUGGUAGUGGAAAGAGUUCGACCGUGUCGCUGUUGUUAAGAUUCUAUGACGUCUUAUCAGGACGAGUGAGCGUGGAAGGAGUUAACGUGAAGGAUAUGAAUUUACAAUAUCUUCGAUCGAAUAUGGCAUUAGUAGGACAAGAGCCGGUAUUGUUCGACUUGACUAUUGGCGAAAAUAUAGCAUAUGGAAAAGAAGGAUGUAGUCAAGAGGAGAUUGAGCAAGCAGCAAAAGCAGCGAAUAUUCACAACUUUAUAAUGAGCCUUCCACUCAAGUACGAUACACGAGUCGGCGAGAAGGGCACACAGUUGUCAGGAGGACAGAAACAGCGUAUAGCUAUUGCACGUGCAUUGAUUCGUCAUCCCAAGAUUCUUCUUCUUGACGAGGCUACGUCUGCGCUAGAUAGUGAGAGCGAGAAAGUUGUGCAGGAUGCGCUUGACAAUGCGUCAACUGGACGUACUACCAUCACGAUUGCCCACAGAUUAUCAACUAUUCAAAAUGCAGAUUUAAUAUUGGUACUAAAGAAAGGAAGGGUGGUUGAGCAAGGUACACAUUUACAAUUAAUCAACAUGAAAGGACUAUAUAAUGAUUUAGUUACCAAACAGGCAUUGAUUAAUAAGGAAAGUGCAUAA